UUAUGUGAAUAAAGGUAAUAUGCCAGUCAUUUUUUUUCUGAUAUCUUUCCAAGCUCCUCUCCCUCCCUCCUCCGACUCUACCACAAACACCUCCAGUGUCACAUCGAACACUUCCACUGUGUGAUCGUGAGCCGUCCCUUCCUUUCCACGGCCGUUCCCUGGACCCGAAUCUUGAAGUCCUUUACCUCUGCCACCGUGAAACUCAACCACCUGCCCAUUUAGAGUUGUUGAUGACUGUAUUUUGACUGUAUAAAGAUGGUCUUUGAAUGUAUUUCUAGAUGGUCUUUGACUGUGUUUUUCUCAGGGAUGGACCCAAUAAAUGACAACAAUUAGUGAGAGCAACAAGCAAGCCAAAUCCAUCACCCAUAGUUACAUGUGCAGGGAAAACGUAGAUACAAGAAAACACAACGUUGAUUUGAGAAAAAUACAACACAAAAUACACAAUUCCUCGGGUACAACAAAAGGUUGUGAUAUGGGAGGGAACCACAUCAAUGUGAAAACUUCCAUAAAUGAAGAUUCAAUUGAGAAACAUAGUUUCUAGACUCUGCGUUGCUCACACGUGGAUUGCACCCUUAGUUGUUUCAUGUAGCUAUAUUACUGAAACCCAUCAUGCCAAUAAGCAUAAAGUAUCAGCUAUACACAAAUACGUUAAUCCAUCUGGGUUGGAUUCGACCACUUUCCAUGUUGCUUGCCAAAUGUUUGAAGAAAUGUUUGACCUAACUGUUGCUUCAACAAUGAUCAUAAUUCAAGGUUUCGUUAAGCGACACUGCUAUAAAGAUGUUAUCCAUCUUUUCUGUAUGAUGUUGGCCUCAGACUUUCACUCUAACAAGUUGACCAACAAGUUACAUUAUUUACGGCCACAUUUAAAAUCCAAACUCAAACUUGGAUUAUUCAAACUACAGAUAAAAUCUUACACUCAUGUGAGCUCUCUCUCCUGCCAAAUUCACACUCAAAAACCAGAUAUGGAAAUUCCUGGCCUUCUUUCUCUGUUUCUUUUGAUUUCAUUUCUCAUUCCUCGCAUGGUUAUUGGAACUGUCGAGCUUAGAGCUUUGAUGGAGUUGAAGUCCACUUUGGACCUAGAUGACAAGAUCCUAGCCUCGUGGAUCAGUGACGGUGACCCAUGCAGUGGCUUGUUCGAAGGGGUUGCAUGCAACCAGAACCAGAAAGUGGCCAACAUCUCCUUGUAGGGAAAGGGUCUUUCGGGUUGGCUAUCUCCAGCACUGGCUGAACUCAAAUGCUUGUCGGGUUUAUACUUGCAUUAUAACAACCUUUCUGGUGAGAUACUCCAAGUGUUGCAGUUAGGUGAUAACCAGCUGGUGGGGAAUAUAACGCUAGAGAAGUUAAGAAGGCUAAAUUUGAGCUUCAAGAACUUAAUGGUACUGUUCCGGCAACACUAGCACAUCUUGAUCAUUUGGAAGUUCUAGACGUUUAGAAUAAUUCUUUAGGUUGAGAUCUAGACCGUCUUUAAAGAGAGCGGAUGUAAAUUUGGAAAGAAUUUUCUUCAAACAGUUUCAAGAUCCAACUCCAGGAGACGACCGUGGAAAGAAAGGUGCGGUUCACGAUCAGGGUGGAGGUGUUUGAGGCGGCUCUGGAAGUGGCGUCGGAGGUGGUUGUGUAGAGUCAGAGGGAGAGAGAGGAGCUGAGAGAUUUUAGAAAAAAACAUGACAUGGCAGGAUUGCUAACGGGACCAACAUUUUUGUGGAAAAUUUUAAGCCUUAGUAGCCAAAGACCCCUCUAUGUAGCUCAGGCAAUCUCUCUUUUCGGGAUGACGAUGUUUUUGUUCUUGAUGGGAGUGAAAGUAGAUCCACUUUUAGUUUUUAGAACAGGGAAAAAGACUUGGGCGAUUGGCUUGUGUUCUUGUCUACUGCCACUCUUCUUUAGCUUAUGUGUUGCUUAUAUUCUAAGGCAAUAUUUGUCCCCGGAAUUAGAAAUCUACAAGUAUCUAUAUAUUAUGGCGGCUUUCUCAACAACUGGUUCCUUUCAAGCCACUGCCAGUGCAUUACAAGAUUUUAAGCUCCUAAGUUCUGAGGUUGGUCGAUUAGCAAUCUCUUCAUCUAUGAUAAAUGGAGCACUCAGCGCGUUAUGGCAAGGCAUUUUACGCACACUAUAUCCAAACGCUGUGCAGAAAUACACAGACUUAUCUUUUUCAUUUGAUUGCCUCUCUCUGAUUUUGUUGUUGCUUGUCAUCCUGUGUAUUUGUCGACCUAUCAUGUUAUGGAUGAUACGCAUGACGCCCAAAGGGGAACCUGUGAAAGAGUCCUACAUAGUUUCCAUUUAUGUUAUGGUGUUGGGGAGUUCACUCCUUGGUGAGAUCAUUGGUGAUCACUACAUGGUUGGACCAUUGAUUCUUGGCCUAGCAGUGCCAGAAGGCCCACCUCUUGGAUCAGCAUUGGUAGAGAGGCUAGAUACCUUGAUCUCGGGACUGCUUUUGCCGUUGUUCUUCUUCUCUACCAGUGCUAUGUUCAAGAUCGAUCUAGUUCAUCUCUAUGACUUCACAGUUGUACAAUUUUUGGCCAUAGCUAACUUCUUUGCCAAGCUUGCAGGAGCUGUGUUGCCCUCACUUUACUGCAACAUGCCACUCAUUGAUGCACUUGCCUUAGGUCUCAUCCUCAAUUCCCAAGGCAUCACACAGUUGCUGAACUUGCAAAGUUUACACUACUUUCAUAUUAUAGAUGAUAGAUCGUACGCGCAAAUGCUGAUAGCUUUAAUAUGGUUGACAGCAGCUUCCAACCCUAUAGUGAAAUUCUUGUAUGACCCAUCUAAAAGUUACUUGUCUCUAACAAGUUGGAGAACCAUUGAGCAUUCUCGUCCCGACAUUGAACUUCCGAUCAUUACAUGCAUACACUGCGAGGAAAACACUACAUCCAUGAUCAAUUUUCUAGAAAUAUCUAACUCUAGAGUUGAAAGUCCCAUUUACUGCCAUGUUCUACACCUGCUUAAACUGAAAGGUAGAACAGCCCCACUUUUGAUAGAUCAUGAACUCAAGUGCAGCAGCAACCUAUGGCGCACUAAUCAUUCAUUGAACAUAAUAAAUGCCUUUAAAUCAUAUGACCAACACAGCAGAAGCGUGAAUGUGAAAGUCUACACAUGUAUCUCCCAUUAUGAGACAAUGCACAAUGAGAUAUGCAUGCAGGCUGCAGAGAAAAGAGCAUGCAUAUUAAUUGCGCCUUUUCACAGGCACUUUGGAAAAACUGGGGUUAUAGAAUUAGCAAAUCCCAUUAGAGCAUUGAAUCGCAAUUUGCUAAGAACCGCACCUUGUUCCGUUGGGAUCUUAGUUGAACGUGGGAGUUUUGUUAGCAACAACCCUCUCACAACUACAUCCUUUUAUAAUGUUGCAGUUGUAUUUAUAGAAGGGCCAGAUGACCGUGAAGCAUUGGCAUAUGCAAUGCGCAUAGCAGAUCACCCCAAUGUAAGUGUCACUGUAAUCAGGAUAACGGAACCUCGCAAGAAAAGAAGAACUUCGAUCAUAAGAGACCCUGAUGCUGAAAUAGUUCACAAGUUUAUGAGUAACUGCCUCCAAAUGAAACGACAUGAUUUCAAACAGCAAAUUGUGAAAAAUAGUUUUGAAAUGGUUGCUGUCAUUAGAGAACUCGAAGGUUACUUUGAUUUGAUUUUGGUUGGUAGACGCCACGAGAGUGAGUCUUCAAUGUUCUAUGGAAUGCAUGAGUGGAUUGAGUACCCAGAACUUGGGUCUGUAGCAGACAUGUUAGUGUCUUCAGAUUCUACCUUUGACGGCUCAGUUUUGGUGGUGCAACAACAAAAUAAGGAACGGCCAAAGGUUGGUUCUCAAGAUUAUUACAAUAUAGAAAAUUCUGUCACCAAUGGUGAAUUACCAAAUGUUUUGGAUGUGCAUCCUGAUACAAAGGUAUGACCAAUUGUCUAACCUUUGAAUUAAACAUCUCAGAAAUAUAGUUGUAGAUUGAAGGCAAAAUCCCACUCAAAGUGUGAUGGGAGGUGAAAGAGUGAAGGUGAAAGCAAGUUUGGAAGUUAGUUUAAAAAAAGAACCUUCAUGUUUAGAAAGGUAUUUUUAAAUCUGUAAAUAUUUC